AAAAAAAAAGGUCACAAAUAAAUAUGUAAGAAAUAUAGGAUACGUAAAGACAUAGCUCUGGUCAGGCAGAAACAAUUGAGCGAUCAUGGAUAUUUUUCCCAGGCCAGAUGAGUCGAACACAGACGUCAUCGUACGAGAUUCACGAGAGGAGGAAUUAUGGCGAAAGGCAAGGAUCCCCUGAGUCAGCUGAAGGAUCUGGCAGAGCUCAAAGAUCAACUAGAAGAUAUUCAGAAAAGAGUGGAGGACGAAGUGCAGGCUGGGAUACCACAGGGUGGCUCACUUUUAGCCUCUCCCUUCCUCAAGGGCUUCCUGGCUGGAUAUGUGGUGUCCAAACUACGUGCUUCAGCCAUCUUGGGGGUCGCUCUGGGAACCCUUACGGGCAUCUACGCAGCACAGACCUAUCAGGUGCCAAACAUUGAGCAAACCAUAAAGGACUAUCUGAACUCUUUGAAAAAAGGUCCUAGUAAUUAACACGGGGAAACAGAGGGGAAAGAGAGAACUACACAGUAAAGAAGCUUGAAUCACAAAGAAACGAAAGUGGACUUGUGGUGUAAUUUACUGUACAUUAAUAUUUGAGAUCCAUAGCUGUCUGGACACAUCACGGAAGAGAAAAUGGAAACUGAGGACUAGCUGAACUGGCGCUUGUUUGUUUUUAUAGUGCACUAAGAAGGGUUUUAGUUGAUUUAUAAUUUUUUUCAUGAAAGCUCUCUGCUUGCCUUAAAGGUUUAAUCCGGUCCAGCUGUUAUUGUGCGUUAUAAUCUGUUCAAAUGUAAAAUACAGGGCUGAAAUUUAGACUUCAUGUAGAAAAUGAUCAUCAUUAAGAAUGUUGGUUCUAGUGAUAUACAACCU